AUGGACGAAACGCCAGUUGCAACACCGAGAAAGAAUUUAAGGCAAGAUGAGGCAACUUCAAGUACAGCUACAGGAGAAGAAGCACCAGUGACAUUCAGGUAAAUUUGAAUUCAAACCUUUGUUAGAUAACAUCUAUAAAAUUUGCAGAGCCGGUGAAAUGUUGACGGAAAUCUUCUCUGAACUCACUGAUAAAUGGAAUGAUAUGGAAAACUUGAAGAAAGGUGUGAGAAUGGCGAAUGUUAUGAGAGAUCGACAAAUCGAUGAAAAAAUAAAUGCGAUGAGAAGAUUAGAAAUUGAUGAGAUUCUUGAAAUUGUGAGAGUCGAAACGAUGAAAUUUCAAAACCUUGAGAAAGAAAAUGAGCUUUUGAGUCGACAUAAUCGAGAAAUGACGAAUAUGUUGGAUUUGGCGGAAAAUGGUGUGGCAAAGGCGCAGAAUGUUGUAUUCGAUAAAAUGGAAACCGCGUGCAAAAAAGUUUUGGAUGAUUUUCAUGAAAGAGAAUCUGAUCUGAUGGGGAAGUUAAAUAAAUCGACGAUGAAAAAUACGAAAUUAGAAGGGGAAUUGGAAGAAGCUUUGAGGAAAAUAGCGAAACUCGAGGAGAAAAUUGAUGUGAUCAGCAAGAAAAAUGAGAUACUUCUUCAAAAUUAUGAAUCAACGCAAAGCACAUCGGAACAGUUAUCGAAAAAAUGCGAACAUUUGGGAUCGGAGAAUUUCGAACUUCAGGAAAAUCUAACAAAUCUUCGACAACAAUUACUAGAAUCACAGAAUGAGGUAUUUCAAAAAGUAGAAAUUUUGUUUUUUCUGUUUUUAUAUAUCAUUUUUAAGGCAAUCGAAAGAACCAAAGAGGUGAAUCAUCUUCAAAAUGCAAUAAUCGCUGAAGAUUCAAAGAAUCGAGAAAAAGCGCGAAAACAUGAAAAAGAAAUGAUUGAUCAAAUGAAUAUUUAUCGAGAUGAUAUACAAAAAAGAAUGGAUGAAAUUGUUCGAGCAAAAGAUGAUAAAAUUUCGAGAAUUUUGAAGACAAAUUCUGACAGAGAAGCUGUUUUAGAAGCGAGGAAUCGGGAAAUAAUGAGCGAAAUGUUGAGAUAUCGAAAAGAUGCGGAGAAAUAUGAAAAACAUUUUGAGAUGAUUGAAAGUCAGAUCAAGGGGAAAUUGAAGAGGAAUAUUGCGAUGAAUUAUAGGGAAAUGUUGGAUAUGAUUUCUGAAGGUGAGAGAGGGUUAGGGUUAUGAUAGGGAUUUUUGAGAAUACAAAUUUUAUUUUUAAAAAUAUCUGUCCACCAAUUUUCAAGGCCUUGCUUUUCAAAAAUUUUAAUUUCACUAGAAAUUUUCAAUCCUAACAUUAAACGAUGCUUCAGAGUCUAGGACUGGUGUCUAGAGAUCUACUCUGACAAGGAGCCGCUCCUUUAAAGCUUCUAGGAAAAGUAGUCGAGUCUAGUUCUCAAGUAGCCACGCCUUGAAAAAUUCUGGUGCCAAGUAGGCGAACCUAGAAAGCUUAGUUUUGAAGGAUCAGCGCCUACAGAACCCAGUUCUCAAGUAGCCGCGCCUUAAAAAAUUAUGUGCCAACAGCCAAACAUAGAAAUCCUAGUUGUCAAGUAGCUGUGCCUAGACAGCUCAAUUAUAAAGGAACAGCGCCUACAAAACCAAGUUCUCAACUAGUCACGUCUUGAAAAAUUCUGUGCCAAGCAGCCGAACCUAGAAAUUCUAGCUGUCAAGUAUCCGCGCCUAGACAGCUCAAUUAUAAAGGAGCAGCACCUACAAAACCCAUUUCUCAAGUAACCGCGCCUAGAGACUAUCCUAUAAAAUUUGUUAACCAAAAUAAUUUUUGUUUCAGAUCCCAAUCGCAUUCCAACUCCACCCUCAACCUCCUACGAUGAUCCACUUUUGGAUUUGGCCCGCGAAAUCGAGAACACCAACAAGGAAAAUCACAAAAAGCGCCAAUCAACUCAAAAUGAAUUACUGUGUCCACCAUCCCCGAAACGAACAAUCGGAAUUCAAGCUUCCUCCUCAAACCAGCAACCAAAAAAAUCGGAACCUCUCAAAAAAUUAUUGCCUGUCUCGAGAAGAUUCUAA